UUACCUGGCCUACAGCCACCUUUCGUCAUACUCUGAUGUGAACAAUUACAUGAUGGCGGAACCGCUUCACGUGAAGAACAAAGGUAAUAAAGUUGUAGGUGGAGGUUAAAGCAGCAGAAUCACAAGAAGUUCCAUGGAAGGUAUAAUUGGUAGAGGGAACAUGCUGUUGAGAACUGCAGCUGAUGAAGGAAAUACUAUGUCGCAUUCUGAUUUGAUUCAUGAGAAGCCAAAGAAAUCGCAAUAUUCCUCUGAAAACGUUUUCUCUAUUGGCUAUGAUAAGAGUCUUUUUAGUUCAUUAACAUCACCCCCUCAAAUGAGGACUUGCCAUCAUUGUGGUCUGUUUGGAUCCCUCAGAUGUUCACAAUGCAAGCAAAUAUACUAUUGCUCUGCAGAUUGUCAGAAGAAAGAUUGGCCAGUGCAUAGUGUUGUAUGUGAGCCAAUUAAACAGAAUGUAAGUAAUAAAAAUGGAGGCAAGUUACCUAUUAAAACUGAGAAGGGAGUUUAUCUUAAGGAAGAAAUGAUGUUGAGUUUUGCUGUAGAUGUUGUUCUUCCAGGUGUUGGAGCUUGCCUAGAUAAAGUACCUUUAGAAAUGAGGUCUGAUUUAACUCCAGGAAGCAAUACCAAAGGAGCAGGCUCUCUAAGAGUGUCAGAAAACCAUUCUAAGGGAAGUAAAGAAAAAAUACCUGAAGAUGAAGAAUUUCUUCACUCUGCUCAUUCGGUUGCAGAGUGUGUCUCUGUAUGUAUUGGAGAUGCAUUUUCUGGUGUGGUUUCCUGCAUUCAAAAUCCAGAAGACUUUUUCUGUCAGCAGAUACACAGUGCCCGUCAACUUGCUGAGCUUCAGAUGUCUCUUAAUGAACAUUGUGACAAAUUUGCCAGUAGUCCAGCUUUCCGUCCUGCUGCUGGAAAUGUAUGCUGUGCCCAGUUCACAGAAGACAAUCUUUGGUAUCGUGCUGCUGCUAUAGCAUAUGUUUCUGAAGAUACUCUUUUGGUGGGCUAUAUAGAUUAUGGUAAUUCUGAAGUUCUUCCACUGAAUAGACUUCGUCCUAUGAUUCCAAGAUUAAUGGACUUGCCAGCUCAAGCCAUAAGAUGUACCUUGGCAGGGGUAAAGCCACCAUUAGGAGCCUGGACCUCAAAAGCUAUUUCUUUUAUGAAACAACUGGUGAAAGACAAAGUGUUCACAAUAAAAGUAGUGGAUAAAGAGAGUUAUAGAUCUGUGGUGGAGCUUGUAGAUGCAUCGAUUACUCCAGUAAUAAAUAUAUCGAGCCAUCUCAUAGAGACAGGCUAUGCAGCUGAGGAAUCAAGGAUGGCCUUACCAGCAAUCAGAAUGAGCCAUGUUAAGCAAGCAAAUGAGGACACAGUGAACAAAAGAAUUUGCAAGUGGAGUAAAUUAACUCUUAAACAAACAGUAGAUGUCGUAGUGUGUACACUGUACAAUCCUGGAGAAUUCUACUGUCAGAUUUCAAAUAACAGCGAGUUACUUGCUCUAAAAUUACUUAACAAAUCAUUGUCUGAAUACUGUCAGAAAACGCCACCAAAUGUUUUUAAGCCUGAGAAUGGAGAACCCUGCUGUGCUUUUUUCUCUGAUGAUGGUAACUGGUACCGUGCUUUGGUGCAAAAUGUUACUUCAGAUGGAACUGUUAAAGUAUGCUUCGUGGACUACGGAAAUGUGGAGGAAGUACCACUGGAUAAAAUACGGCACAUCUCAUCCUCAUUCCUAAAGCUUCCGUUUCAAGGAAUUAAAUGCUGGCUCUCAGGUAUAAAACCUGGUGAUAGCAAAUGGAUUCCAGAAGCUACAGCAAGAUUUCAUAUGUACACUGCAGGGAUAAAGCUCCAAGCCAGAGUAACUUCCCUUUCCAGAGAUGGGGCAGGUGUAGAGCUUAUUGACAAUUCCACAGGUCAUCCAAAAGUGAUUAAUGAGAUAUUAAUGUCUGAAAAAUUGGCUGUAAAGGAAGUUCUACAAGAUAAAAAGAACUUUCCAAACAAGUCUGUUGACAAAAAAGAAACCUCACUUGGGCACUGGAAGCCAAUUGAAUUGGCUAUAGAUGAAACCGUAUCUGUCUGUGUAACAGAAGUUGUAAGCCCAGAUUUGUUUUACGCUGUACCAGUUCAAACUAAAGGUAAGAAAAGGCUACAUAGGCAGUUGAUUGAACUAGAAGGUUAUUGUAAAUCUUGUAAGAACCAGUCCUUUAAACCAAAACUGGGUGAAGCCUGUUGUGCCAGGUUUUCAGGUGAUGGCCGUUGGCACAGAGCUCUUGUUCUAAAAGCUUCUCAGUCUGUAGUGAAAGUACUAUAUGCUGACUAUGGGAACACAGAAACUUUGCCACUUUCCAAGGUGCUGCCAAUCACUGAUUCCUACCUAAAGCUGCCUUUUCAGACAAUUACGUGUUCACUUGCAGGAAUAGAGAAAACUGAGUGGUCUCCAUUAUUACUUGACAAGUUGAAAGAAAUGUUAUUGAAUAAAUAUGUCACAAUUACAGUGAAAGGGAUUAAUGGAAAUGUUAAUUUAGUAACAGUGGAAAAAUUCUGUGAAAAUGGUAGUCUGAAUGUAGCUGACAAACUGGUACUGGAAGGUUUGGUCAAAUCCUGCAGGAGUGAAAACUUACAUACUGAAGAUCCAGGCAAUGGAGGUGAGACCAAAUGCUGCUGCACAGAAUUAAAAAUGCAAGUAAGAUUCAGUCCAAGCAAUGCUUGCUUUUUUGUUUCCAGAAUCUAAAACAAACCCUAUGUGGGAAGCAAAUGGGAGUAA